AUAAGACAAAAAAGACGCAUUCUGACAAAUAAACAACAUCGCAUAACUGAUACACUUUAGAGAAUGGAUGGGAUAAUAACAAGAUUUACUUUUACAUUAUUUUUCUCCUUACUGAUAUGUACCUAUGGGCGACAGCUUGGUGAUGGAGGAGGUGGAGGAGGAAGCGGAUACGGAGGAGAAGGAGGAAAAGGGUACGGAGGAAAAGGAGGAGAAAGAGGAAGAGAAGGAAAAGGGGGAAGAGGAGGAGGAGGAGGAGGAGGGGAUACAGCAAUAACGAAGGACCCAGGUGGAGGACGUGGAGGCUUUUUACCGCGUUUGGUGUGUCCAUACUGCCAACAGAAAUGUUACUGCAAAUGUGCUUGCAGUGUCUGCGUUAAUAAAAUUUGUACUAAACCGAAGCGCAAGGAAUGUGGAUGUGCGUGAUUGAAAGAAUGAUGAAAUUCUGAAAGUAUUCAUAGUUUUGUUAUAUGGAAAAUCUAACCAAUGCUAACACUAUAUAUUGAAGACGGGAUUGUUUCAUGUUUGACAUUCUUACUGCAUAAUCAAUAAUAAUAUAUUUUGUUUGUUUAUCUUAUACUCUGUUGACGAGUGUAAGUAAUUGCAACAUAUUGUACAAAUUUAUUUGUUCAGUGUAUUUUUACUUUUUUUUAUUACAUGAAUGCCUUUGAUAAAG